AUGCCUAUUAUACGCCUCUUCCUGUACGUUAAGGAGAACUACGACACUCAGUUGGCUUUUCAGUUUUUGAGCAGUGUUGGCAGGUUCUGGCAGGAUGAGGAUGUUCUGGGUGAAAAAACUGUUGGAGUGCAUGAUGUUGAAGGGGCAUUUGUUGAAACUCUCAUAUCAAAGACAAAGUCUCCUCAGGAUGUAUUAUUAAAGCUUGAAAAGGAGUCAACUUAUAAGGACGAGGUUGAAGGGAGCUCUAAUUUUGUUCUUAAACUGGGGUUGUCUAGCCUUGAAUGCUGCUUUUUGAUGAAUGGCCUUGUACAUGACGAAGUCAGUGAGGAAGCUUCUAUAAAUGCUAUGAAUGAAGAACUCCCCAGAAUUCAAGAACAAGUCUAUUAUGGGCAUAUUAACUCAAAAACAGAUGUCUUGGAGAAAUUUCUCUCUGAGAAUGCUUACCAACGCUAUAAUUUACAGAUACUAAACGAAGCUAAGGGUCAGAAAAGGUUUAUUUCACUAUUCUCAUCAUAUGCUGGGACAAAAGGAAUGCUUGAAGAUAUGAACUACUUGCACUCCCAUGGAUCUAUGGAUGAUUUGAAGCCUGUGACACAUCUUCUUGCCGUUAGCAUUACAUCAAGAACUGGGAUGGAAUUGCUGCAUGAAGGGAUAAAAUACUUGAUAGAAGGAUCUAAAAGGGCCCGGGUUGGCAUAUUGCUUUAUGGAGCCGAGUCUACUUAUUCACCUGCUUCUCUUUUUAUGAAAAUCUUUGACACAACUAUAUCCUUGUAUAGCUACAAGGCAAAAGUCUUAGACUUUUUAGAAGAACUGUGCUCGUUCUACGAGGGCAGAUAUAUGACAGUGCCUUUGCUGGAUUCUGAAAAUUUUGGCAUAUUUUCUGAUAUGGUUCAUGAAUUAGCUGAAAAAUUUGGUCUUCCUUUCGAUCACUAUAAUGCAACAUUUUCAGACUUUUCAGUGGCUGAAACAAAGAUGCAGAACGAGAAGGUCUCAGGUCUUUUGUGUGGGCAAUUAGGUCUUCAGUAUGGUUCUAAUGCUGUGAUUACAAAUGGAAGGAUAUUUAUUCUUAAAGAAGGGAGCCUCUUUCUGAGUGACGACUUGAGCCUUCUAGAGUCUGUAGAAUUUGAGAGAAGAACUAAAUACAUCUAUGAGAUUAUUGAGAAAGUGGAAUGGGUGGAUAUUGACCCUGAUUACCUAACUAGUAAAUUUUAUAGUGAUUUAAUCAUGUUAGUUUCCUCCUCACUGUCUACACGCGAGCAGAGUUCUGAGAGAGCACGCUUUGAAAUUUUGAAUGCAAAAUACAGUGCUGUCAAUCUGAACAAUGGAAAUUCCAGCAUACAUAUAGAUGCAGUUAUUGAUCCUCUUAGUCCCUCAGGACAGAAGCUUACUCCGCUUCUACAUGUACUGUGGAAAUGUGUUCGACCAAGCUUGAGAAUAAUUCUAAAUCCAAUUAGUUCUCUUGCAGACAUCCCUUUGAAGAACUACUAUCGGUUUGUAGUCCCUUCAUUGGAUGAUUUUAGUGCCGUUGAUUAUUCAGUAAAUGGUCCCAAAGCAUUCUUUUCUAAUAUGCCGAUGUCGAAAACCCUCACAAUGAACCUUGAUGUUCCUGAGCCAUGGCUUGUUGAGCCAGUUGUUGCCAUUCACGACUUGGACAAUAUUCUGCUGGAAAACUUGGGUGAUUUGAGGACAUUACAGGCUGUGUUUGAACUUGAAGCUCUCAUUCUGACUGGCCAUUGUUCUGAAAAGGACCAUGAUCCACCUCGAGGGCUUCAGUUGAUACUUGGUACCAAGAGAGUGCCCCACUUGGUAGAUACACUCGUUAUGGCCAACUUAGGGUACUGGCAAAUGAAAGUUUCUCCUGGGGUAUGGUAUCUACAGCUUGCUCCUGGUCGAAGUGCAGACCUAUAUGUGCUGAAAGAAAAUGGAGAUGAAAGCUCAUCUGCACUACUUAUUACAAUAAAUGAUUUGAGGGGUAAAGUCGUACACUUGGGGGUAGCUAAGAAAAGAGGGAAGGAGCAUGAGGAGCUUUUGAGUGCUUCUGAUGAUCACAUGGAACAGAAGAGAAAAGAUGAUGAAAAUAAAUGGAAUGCAAAUAUAUUAAAAUGGGCAACUGGAUUUAUUGGCAGUGGUGGAUUACCAAGGAGGAAGGACGAGAUUAGACCUGAUCACAAGCAUGGUGGAAGACAAGGAGAAACAAUCAAUAUAUUCUCAGUUGCUUCAGGACAUCUGUAUGAGCGCUUCCUGAAGAUUAUGAUAUUGAGUGUUCUCAAGAACACUCAAAGACCAGUAAAAUUUUGGUUUAUUAAAAACUAUCUUUCUCCUCAAUUUAAGGAUGUCAUACCUCACAUGGCUCAAGAGUAUGGGUUCCAAUAUGAACUCAUCACGUACAAGUGGCCAACAUGGCUGCAUAAACAGAAAGAGAAGCAACGGAUUAUCUGGGCCUACAAAAUCUUAUUUCUUGAUGUUAUUUUUCCACUUUCACUUAAAAAGGUAAUUUUUGUGGACGCAGAUCAAGUUGUAAGAGCAGAUAUGGGAGAUCUCUAUGACAUGGAUCUAAAAGGAAGACCUCUUGCAUAUACGCCAUUUUGUGACAAUAACAAAGAGAUGGAUGGCUAUCGCUUCUGGAGACAAGGUUUUUGGAGGGACCAUUUACGUGGAAAACCUUAUCAUAUUAGUGCUUUAUAUGUUGUUGAUUUGAUGAAAUUGCGACAAACUGCUGCUGGAGAUACCCUAAGGGUUUACUAUGAAACUCUUAGCAAAGAUCCAAACAGUCUUUCUAAUCUUGACCAGGAUCUUCCAAACUAUGCCCAGCACACUGUGCCUAUAUUUUCUCUUCCCCAAGAAUGGCUUUGGUGUGAAUCUUGGUGCGGAAAUUCAACUAAGGCAAGAGCAAAGACCAUCGACCUCUGUAAUAAUCCAAUGACCAAAGAGCCAAAGCUACAGGGAGCUAAGAGGAUUGUUCCCGAGUGGGUUGAUUUGGAUGCGGAGGCGAGACUUGUGACUGCAAGAAUUUUAGGUGAAGAAGUUGAGUCAAGUGAAACUGUUACCCCGUCGUCGUCAGUGCCUGAUACUUCACAGAGCAAUCAUCAAAAAGAUGAGUUGUAAUUGGGUUGGUAAUGCUCUGUGAUUUGAUAGGAUAACCAGCAGGGGAACAUGCCCAUGAAUGAAGCAGUAGUAUUGAGAUCAACUAGAGUUGGAAACUGCAAGAACUAGUACUCGUCUCCUGCCAUUGAUUUACCACUCUGAUAUAUCUCGUAUUUAAUUAUUCUGUAGCUAAUUAAUCACAUCAGAAACUGUCCAUUAAGCCAUCAUAAAAAUUUUGACAUUGCCUUCAACCUCAAAGUCGAGGAUAUUGUAAAAGGUUGGUAUUCAAAUGAGAUUAUAUAUAUUGCAUUUUCAACAA